AUUGUUUUUUGCCUAUUUUGCGAUGAGAAAAAGAAAACAGGAGGGCGAAUUUUGAGUGAAUUUGUGAGGUCAAACUAGUAUUUAUGUUUUGACAUUUUAGUGAUUACUGUUUCUUUGGUGGAUUUCCCGUUCUUAAAUGGUAUCCAAAUUAUUUGUUUUCAAAUCAACACGUAAAUUGUACCGCUGUGCCUUCAUUACAAUACAUUUUUUCAUGAAUAUUGUUGAAGGUUCCAAAAUAAUAAUGUCUAGUUAAUUGUAUUGAAGUUUAUUGGACAAUAGAAAAUCACAAAUUGAAAUCAAAUAAGCAUGAUAAAUUCAUGACAUAGAAAGUACGCUUGAACCAUUUUUUGGUGCUCAGGUAUAAAACUACAGCUAAGAUGAGUGAUAAUGAAAAGAAAUGGUCCUGCGAAUACUGUACCUACGAAAACUACCCAUCUUCCAUAAAGUGCACCAUGUGCAGAGGUCCCAAACCUUUCGUCAGCGAAGACAUAUACCGGCUGCACGGCGAUAAGAUAAAUGCAGACGAGAAAUUCUCCUCGAUAGGCUCUGCUGCCGGUCCCCUAGAAAAUAACGAGUCGAAAUGUGUGAAGUGCACCUACAAUCUGUCAAACACGUGUAUUAUUUGUGGAGCGACUUCACUCUCCGGCAACACGCUGCACGAACAUAUUCAGCCCCUUCGAAUCUCCCAGCAUUCUGAUCUAGCGCAAAGCCUUUCGCGUUCAAGAAAUAACAGCCCCCCAGCUAGCCUCACAAACAUUGAAAACACCAGGAGGACGUCCCAGGCCAAGUGGAUGUGCCAGACUUGUACUUACGAAAACUGGCCAAAAUCGCCAAAGUGUGCGAUGUGCGGCACUCUAAACAGCAGCCAAAGAUCCCAAGCUUCUAGUCUUAUAAUUCCUUCUCCUGAUCGAAUAAUCGAUACUGACUUGAAUCAAGAUGAUAAAUUUAAGGAUUACAUUCUUGAUUCUGGUCAGGGUCCUAAUAAUCUGGAGAACGAACGUAAAACUAGACACAUGAGACGUAAUGCUGACUGGAGAUGGUUGAACGCGUGCAUGGGGGUCAUUGAAGGCGACCCCAAUCCCGUUGAAGCUUAUCUGUCAUCAGGUGGAGACCCAGCUAGGACACUUACAGCUUCUGAAGUCGCCAUCCUGAAUAGAAGUUCUGCUUUCGACGUUGGACAUACUCUGGUUCAUUUAGCUAUAAGAUUUCAAAGAGAAGACUUGCUGUCUGUCUUACUAUCUCAAAUAGAAGGAUCUGGAUCUGGAGUCAAGCGUGUCCCUAGUUACGUAGCCCCCGAUCUAGCUGCGGAUAUCAGAAGACAUUUUGCUUCUACCAUUCGACUGCGUAAAGGGAAUUUUCCUUGCAAUUUCGUAACGGAGUUUCCCACUUUCACGUUACCUGCAGAAGUUGACGAAUUACCCCCCUCCGUUCAGGAUCAACUGUUUUCCGAGCUGCUCGACAAAGAUGCCCAGGAGCAAUUGGAGACGGAUCCUGCUGUCAUAAAUUGGUCGUUAGACAUAACCGUUCGACUGGGAUCUCGUCUGUACGCCCUGUGGAACCGAUCUGCAGGGGACUGCCUUCUAGAUUCAGUCAUGCAGGCUACUUGGGGAGUCUUCGACAGGGACAACAUGCUCAGGAGGGCUCUGGCCGAAAGUCUCGCCCAAGGAGGACAUGUGUUCUACCCGAGAUGGAAAGAGUACGAGUCAAGCCACGCCUCCAUCCUUCAAUACUCCUUGGACGAGGGGCAAUGGGAAGAAGAUUGGACAAGCUUGUUGUCGCUUGCUAGCCAGCCUGGCACAAGUCUUGAACAACUACACGUUUUUGCAUUGGCGCAUAUCCUCCGUCGCCCGAUCAUCGUCUACGGUGUCAAGUUCGUCAAAAGUUUCAGAGGAGAAGCCAUCGGAUAUGCCAGAUUCGAAGGGGUCUACCUGCCUUUGCUGUGGGAACAAAGUUUCUGUAUACGUACCCCGAUCGCCCUGGGGUAUACCAGAGGCCACUUCUCAGCCCUAGUUCCAAUUGAACCGUACAGCAGAAUCGAUUCUCGGCCUCUCCUCCAGCACAGCAACAUGAAUCCGGACCACAUGAGGAGCACUUUCCUGCCUCUGAUGGACAGGGAGCGGAAGAUUCUGCCGAUACAUUUCCUAACAGAAUCAGAGUUGGGCAGGGAGGAAGCGAUCCUUCGUCAGUGGUUGGACGUGUGUGAAACCGAAGGGGGCAUCCUGGUUGCUCAACAGUUGCUGCAUAAAAGACCGUUGUUGGUUGCUCAAAUGGUCGAAGAAUGGCUGAAUUACUACAGAAGAUUGUCGCAGAUGACAUCAGCUCCUUUCGUGAGGCCUCUUCCCAUUCAGGAUUAUUCGAGCGAAGGAGACACGGACGACGAAUAGCGAAGGCUGAAAUUCGUGCUUCGAUAACACAAAACGAGUAGUGAUGCUUUAGUACCUAAUGUAUCGAAAUUUUUUCAGAAAGGAGAAAAUUAGAUGGAUAUAAUGUCGAGUCGGGUGCAUCAGUAAAACGCUUGUUCUAACCGAGCUGAAGUUGUUUUGGGGGGAUCACUUGAACUCCUGGAUCGGUUCAGUUUUUUAUGUCUACAUAUACAGGAUCAUUGAAAAGAUUUUCAAAUCAACUGUGAUUCAUUUUGUGAUAUUCCUCGUAUACCAACAUUUUGAAUUUGUUUUUAAUAAUAACAGUAUUAUCAAUCUGUAAAUUUGGUGGCAACUAACUAAAUGCAAAAGUUGCAACAGUUAACAAAAUAUUCAGACUGGUCUGAAAUGAUUGGCAAACAAUUGAAGGAAAACUUAAAUUGACAAAAUCACAAUCAGUGAUCUUUUCAUCAAUUUCUAGUAAACUCGUCGACAAAUCACAACCAGUGAUUUUUUUUCAUCAAUUUUUAGAUUGAUAACUCAACUUUGUAGGAAACUUCAAUCCACAAAAAAGAUAAUUCAAUCUGUAAAAUCAAUGGAGUGCGCUUUAUUUCAAUCUGAGAAUUAUAAAUUAGAUGUAAUUGAUAGUAAAUAAUGUAAACCCUGAAACUACAUUUAUGAAUUCCGCCUCCAAAUUCAUAGUUUCAUUUGUUAAUUUUAGUGUAUGAUAUAGGAAGUAUCAAAUCUGAUUUUUUUAAGUUGAAUUAUAGUAAUGGAUUGAUCAACAAUAUUGGAGAGUUCAGUCAGUAAAUUUACACACUAAAAAUUGUACAAAUAUAUUUAUUGAUGCUUUUUCAUUCUUGAGCGGAGCAACUAGAACUUUCAUUGAUGGUUCAAUCUGUGCCAUUGAAUACAAUUUGAAAGGUUCAAUUCGUAAAUUUUAUGACGAAUAAAAGGUCCUCUAUUACUUAUAUUUGCAGAUUGAAUUUUGCAAUCAAUAUAUUUGAAGUAUUUUCAUCGAAUUUAACAAAGUCUGGUAAUUUUACAGAUUGAAAUCAUAUUGCUUUUUCAAUCUUUAGUGGAGGAACGUAAACUUGUGUUGAUGGUUCAAUCUGUGCCAUCGAAUAGAAUUUAAAAGGUUCCAUUUGUAAAUUUUAUAACGAGAGAAGUUCAACUUUAUGUAUAUUUAUUAAUAGAAUUUUGCGAUCUAUCCGUACAAGUUUUUACAUUCGAAUUUACAGAUUGAUUUGCAGCUUUACACGUAAUACAAGUUUUCAUUUUGGUUGUGUAAAAUUACACACGGUUCAUUUGCAAAGUAAUCGACUGUCUACACUGAGGUGUUCCCAAUCAAUUUCAUUGGUUGAGACUUUGCACAAUCGACAUCUUUUUUCCUUCUAGUGUGCCCCCCCUCCCGAUUACUUUUGCACCCGGUCUCGUGUAAAUAGAGAAAGGGACAUAAUAAACUUGCACUGAGGAUCAUUGAGUUGCAUAUUUCUGCUGAUGAGUUUUUACACGUGAGCGUAUUAUCUUCAUCUUGCCUAUGCAAAAGUUGUAUAGAUUUUUUUGUAUUCCGAGUAGGACUUAAUUAUUUUUAUAGGUAGCUGAAGUACAAAUAAAAAAUAUAUAUAAAAAUAACGGGGUUCUAUAUUUUCUCCUAACGUACAAAUUAAAAUGGCUAGAUGUUGAUGUAAUUCCUUAAAAAAGUUACCAAAAAGCUUUACUUUCUUGUGAUUUUUGUACCAUUUCAGAGUUUGUAACGUUUCUUCAAGCCGAGACGCCAUCAGUAUAUUUUCAAGCAUAUGAAAUAUGCCAGUUCAGCUGUUUUUUUUUUCAAAUAUUGCAUACUCUUUCAUACUCUUGCUUUGAAAUAACAUCUAACCGUUUUUAAUUUGUAUUUUUUCGUAAGUGCUUUAAUAUUUAUUGUUUUGUUGGGGAUGUUAUUUUCGUUGUUGUUGAUGGUCAGUGAUGUGGAGUGUGUAAGUGGUCGCCUGUUAAGAUUUUCUGAGAUUGAAGUCAAUUUGCCGAUGUCAAACUUGUUUUCAAAUACAACUCUUUAAACUAGGUUUUCUCAUUGAGGUAUUGAAUUGGAUUAAAUGGAUUUAUUGAAUAAACUAUAUAUUACAUUGUUAACACACUGUUAUUAAAAUAUAUUAUAGAGAAUAAAUGAUUUGAAUUCAA